AAGGUAAUUGUUGUAGGAGGAUUCGAACCUCCACCACUCGGGAAACAAGAAGACUCUCUUGUCCGGCCAAUCGCUAUUUAAAAACGUAAAUGAUAUUAAACAUAAAACUUUUUUGUGUAUUUUGCUUUUUGUCUCUUUGCCGGAUAGCUGGCAAAACCCAGAUCGGGAUCGAUAGGUGUAAUCUACUUCCUAGAUCCACCAUGUAAAACAUUUUUUCAUAUCAAGAAUGAAGGGAAAUCUUGUUUUUGCGACUUUAGUGAUAUUUGGUUAAAUUUUUUUAUUUGAUUCCACCAAAAAAUGGAGCAUAAAUGUGCUGCGUCAGUGUACUUAAAAAAUGCUUUUACUCAUGAUUAGUAGGCUGUCCAGAGUCGAGACACACCAUAAAAUGGCAAGCCUCUCUCUCUCAUAUACAUAAACACAAAUGCACGCCCGCACGCACACACCCAUACAAAUACACCCAUCCUCAUAUUAGGACACAUUGCCACUUUCCGCACAUUAGCAGCCAAUUGUCAACACAGACUUAUAGACUUUCCGAUCGUAGAUGGAUCACAUUUAUCACAAAUCUAACAUGGUAGCAAGUACACUUGCCAAGAAGGAAAUGUCUCUUUCUAACGCUACAGUUUAGCAUUUUAGAUCUCCUGAUUUUAUUUUUGUCUUUAUUUAUUGAUUUGGCACAAUUGUCCUAUGUUGUUAAAAUAUGAUUUGUAUUUUCUCCAUUUUUAUUUAAUAAAAAAUGUGUAAUUGACAUGCACACAAAAAAAAAGAAAAAAAAGAGAGACAUUACCGCUGUAUGUGCAUGUUUGUGUGUCAUGAAGAGACUGGAGCUCUCUUCAUCACUUUCUAUAGCGAGUCACACAUAACUCGCCAAAGGUGUCCUCUAUGGUUGAUGCUAUUUCAAGCUACCGAAAUCUCAAUCUUGAACUCAAAAAGCCAGUUUCUCUCCUCUCUCUCCGACUUAUACCUGCUGCAAGUUCGCUAACCCUGCGAAUGCUCGUCCCCUUCCACAGGUGACCUUCUUCAAGUGUGGCGGAGUCUCCCUCGGUGUGGGCAUGCAGCAUCACGUGGCUGAUGGAGCCUCUGGCCUCCAUUUUAUCAAUGCGUGGUCAGACCUCACCCGUGGCCUACCCCUCUCCGAACCUCACCCUUUCAUCGAUCGCACCCUCCUCCGUGCCCGCGACCCCCCAACUCCCCUUUUCUCCCACAUUGAAUACCAACCCCCACCUCCAAUGAAAAGACCCCCCUCCGAACCCCCUUCUUCCCCAUCUGUCGCCAUCUUCACCCUCACCCGUGCACAGCUUGAUACAUUGAAGUCUCGUGCCAGGGACUCCGGCAGCCCUUCCACAUACAGCUCAUAUGAGAUGUUAGCAGGCCACGUGUGGCGGUGCUCAUGCAAGGCGCGAAACCUCCCUGAUGAUCAGCUUACAAAGAUGUACAUUGCCACCGAUGGUCGCUCCAGAUUGAGGCCGCUUCUGCCUGCAGGAUACUUUGGGAAUGUGAUUUUCACUGCAACACCGAUCGCCGUCGCCGGCGACUUGAUGUCAAGGCCGGCUUACGUAGCUGCCGGCUGCAUACGUCAGGCAUUGGCGAGGAUGGAUGAUGAUUAUCUCCGAUCGGCAUUGGAUUAUCUCGAAAUCCAGCCUGAUUUGGGGGCCCUGGUAAGAGGAGCCCACACAUUUAGGUGCCCCAACAUUGGGAUCACUAGUUGGGCAAGGUUGCCAAUACAUGAUGCUGAUUUUGGGUGGGGGAGGCCUGUGUUCAUGGGGCCUGGGGGAAUUGCUUAUGAGGGGUUGGCCUUUGUGUUGCCCAGCCCUAGUGGUGAUGGGAGUCUAUCUUUGGCAAUUUCAUUGCAGGCUGAUCAUAUGGUGCUUUUCAAGAAGUAUUUCUAUGAUAUAUGAACAAAUUUUUUCCUUUUCCAUGAAAUUAUUUUGAACUUGGUUAUUGUGUACUACAUAUACAUGGAAACUGGGUCAUAUGAAUGUUUUAAGAUUGUUGAGUAUUGGGAGAGGUUUGAGGGAAACUGGUUCAUAUGAAUGUUUAAGAUUGUUGAGUAUUGGGAGAGUUUUGAGGCUGAAGGGUUGCCAUUGGGUUGCUGAAUUUGUAAGAAAUCUUGUUGCCAUUUGCUCAAGGAAGAAAUCUUGUUGCCAUUUGCUCAAGGCAAGCAUAAAA